AUGGAUCCUCCUCUUCAAGACAUUUAUCCUUCGGAUGAUGGAGCUUUCAUAACCUUCCCCAGUCGACGCAGUGUGGUACACAGCACUAACGGAAUCGUGAGCACCAGCUCACCGCUGGCAACUGAAGCCGGCCUUCAAGUUCUGAGGGAGCGAGGCAAUGCUGCAGAUGCAGCAAUCGCGGCGGCGGCGGUAUUGAACCUUGUUGAUCCGUCCAUGACUGGUAUUGGGGGCGACGCAUUCUGCCUCUUCUACCACGCUAAGACGAGGAAAGUCCACGCUCUGAACGGGUCGGGAAGGUCACCCUCUAAAGCAAGUCUGGAUGGCGUCUGCAGAGACCUGAAUGUAACAGACCGAAGCUCUGCAUCCAUCCCUAACACAUCGAUCCACUCCGUUACUGUCCCAGGGGCGGCAGCUGCUUGGCUUGACAUCAUCGACAAAUAUGGCUCUGGUAAGGUGGCAACCUCACAGGUCCUGGCACCCGGCAUCCGAAUGGCUGAGGAGGGUGUGCCUGUCAGCGAGAUUUCAAGCUACAAUUGGCAAAAGUCCGAGAAGGAGCUGCGAGGAAAAGUCGUCGAGGAAGGAUUACUCAAGUACGAUCCGUCCUACCCUGAGAAGUAUCGAGCUCCCAGGGCAGGAGAAAUCAUAAAAAACGAGUCGUUGGCGAAGACCUUCAAGCUUCUUGCUGAGCGCGGCAAGAGUGGCUUUUACGAAGGCCCUGUGGCGGAGGCAGUUGUGCAAGUCAGCCAGGAGUACGGCGGGUACUUGACACUGGAUGAUCUAAGGAAUCAUACCAGCGAAGAGGUGGAUUCGCCAUACCUAGCACAACGGGCCAGGCUGUUCAACCCAGCUCGGUCUACAGAUGUCGCAGAUCCAGGGGACCCGGGCGGCAUGCAUAAGAUCAGCGACACCAUCUACCUCUGUGUCACAGACGCGGAAGGAAACGCGUGCUCGCUCGUAAAUAGCGUCUCGGACAACUUUGGGAGCCGCAUCAUCCCUCCAGGCACCGGGUUUGUUCUUCAGAACCGAGGAUCCGGCUUUCACCUCGGGCCCGACCACCAUCCUAACCUCUACGCUCCGGGCAAAAGGCCUUACAGUACAAUUAUUCCAGCCAUGGUGACAAAUGCAACAGACGGGACUUUGCACAGUGUCUUUGGUGUCAUGGGUGGCGCAAUGCAGCCGCAAGGCCACGUGCAGGUCCUAAUGAACAUGCUACGGUUCGGCAUGAAUCCGCAGGUGGCGCUUGAUGCACCGAGGAUUUGCAUCGGGGUCAGUCUGCCCGGGAAAUCAACUGACCCAAGCAAGACAGUCGACAGGACUGCAUACCUCGAGGAGGGAAUCGGUGAAAAUGUGGCGCGCGAGUUGGAGGACAUGGGUCAUGAGGUCAAAAUCGUCAGAGGCAUGGAGCGGUCAUUGUUUGGCCGAGGGCAGAUCAUCCGCGUCCAUCACGACCCGGCCGACGGUCAGAGAGUAUACUCUGCGGGUAGCGAUAUGAGGGGCGAUGGGAAUGCUGCACCACUCCUGUGA